AUGGAGUACGACUUUGGAAGUGCAAGAACCUACCAUACAUUCGCGGUCAACGGAACGGCAAUUCCAGACGUGGACUUUGACAUAGGCGAGUCAUACGCUGGUCUGCUGCCUGUAUCCGACAUCCAUGGCGAUGAGCGCCAACUAUACUUUUGGUAUUUCCCGACCGACAACUUGGAUGCUACUGAUGCCAUCACUAUAUGGCUCAAUGGCGGACCAGGAUGCAGCUCAUUGGAAGGGCUGUUGCAGGAGAAUGGCCCUUUCACCUGGCAGUAUGGCACCUUCAAGCCUGUUGCCAACCCAUACAGUUGGCACCAUCUCACAGAUAUGUAUUGGGUAGAUCAACCUAUUGGGACUGGUUUCUCAGUGGGGAAUGCAAAUGUUACAACGCAACCCGAUGUCGCCGAGCAAUUCUUGGGGUUCUUGAAAAAUUUCAUCGAGUUGUUUGGGUUUCAGGGUUGCAAAAUUUAUCUAACCGGGGAGUCAUAUGCCGGAAUGUUUGUACCCUACAUCGCACACGCGAUGCUCGAAGCCAAGGAUACACAACUUUAUAACCUCGAUGGAAUCAUGUUGUACGACCCAACUCUGGCCGGGAGAGCUGUUGAGAGGGAGCUCUUCGCCUAUUCUACCUAUGAGGCAUGGUCGAAAUUAUUUGCAUUCAACGAUACAUUCAGCUCCUAUCUUCGGGAUCGAGCAGCUUCUUGCGGCUAUACCGAUUACGUCAACAAGUACUUCUUAUUUCCUCCACUUGGGAAGAUGCCCACUGUGCGGAGCGAUUGCGAUCUGUACAUGGAAAUUGGCAACAAUGCCUUCAACACAAACCCAUGCUGGGACCCGUACCAUCUUGCGACCACUUGCCCCAGUCUCUGGGACGUCCUCGGUGCUCCCGGUGCAUUUGACUACCUUCCAACCGGAGCAUCUAUCUAUUUCGAUCGACCAGAAGUCAAAAAGGCAAUCAACGCUCCCCAAUCUAGCAACUGGAAAGAAUGCACCGACCUCUCUGUCUUCGUUAACGGAACCGACCAAACCGCCGCCGCAGGGCUAUGGAGCUCACAAACCGUGCUGCCGGGUGUCAUCGAGAGGGUAACCCGCGCACUCAUCGGUCAGGGAGAUAUGGACUACACCAUAUUACCAAACGGGACAUUGUUUGCCAUUCAGAACAUGACCUGGGGCGGCGCACAGGGCUUUCAGCGAGCACCAGAUGGUGAAUUUUACGUACCUGCCGACACAAAGCAGUCAGCUGGAUCCGGGAUUAUGGGUAAAACUCGUACAGAAAGGGGUUUAACCUUUGUGGAGGUCGAGCUCUGCGGACAUAUGGCUAAUGGUUUUCUUUGGUUGGAAAUAGUGCCACAGUAUCAGCCUAGUGCAUCUUUUCGCCAUUUGGAGUAUCUGCUGGGGCGCGUGGACAGUCUCGGGAGCCGGGAGCCUUUCACUGUCGAAAUCAAGGUGUAA